AGUAUUGUUGGCUAUAGAAUAGUCUUGUGUUUUUUCUCUCCCUCAUCUUAAUGAGUGCGAAAGUUUCCCUCGUCAUUUUCCUUACGCUCCUUAUUGCUUCGUGUUCAGCCAAGAGGAAGCCAUACACACCAUGCAAAAGCUUGGUCCUCUUCUUCCACGACAUCAUAUACAAUGGAAACAAUGCAGCCAAUGCAACGUCUGCAAUAGUGGCCGCUCCAGAAGGUGGUAACUUGACCAAACUGGCCGCCCAGUUCCACUUUGGAAACAUAGCCGUUUUCGAUGACCCCAUCACGUUGGACAACAACCUUCACUCAAAACCCGUGGGAAGGGCUCAAGGCUUUUACAUCUACGACACCAAAAACACUUACACUUCCUGGCUUGGAUUUACGUUUGUUCUUAACACCACCGACCAUCAGGGAACCAUCACUUUCGCCGGAGCUGACCCCAUCAUGCAGAAGACUAGAGAUAUCUCUGUCACUGGUGGCACCGGCGAUUUCUUUAUGCACAGAGGAAUCGCCACCAUUAUGACCGAUGCAUUUGAGGGCGAAGUUUAUUUCCGACUUCGUGUUGAUAUCAAGUUCUACGACUGUUGGUCAUAUUAAAAGUCCCGUAAAGGUUUCCUUUUAUGUUCGACUUCAUCAAAUGUUAUUGCAUGUGUACCUUUCUCUCCGCAGAGAUUUUAUUUUAUUCUAUCAAUGUACCAGUUUGGAUUUCAAUUCGGA